AUGGAAUCAUUAAACGAGGUUGUACAUGUCAUGGUAAAUGGCCAUAUCUACGACAUAAAAUUGGAAGAGGAAGCAUUUAGUUUCCCAAUAGAGAUACAAAUUGUGAAUCAAGCUUAUAAUCAGAAUUUUGAGGAUGACGAUCUUGAGGCGAAGAUGGAGGAAGAUCCAUUAACCAUGAGAGGGCUGGUGGAGGAAGAUGAUGCUGAAGUGGGAGUAAAGAAGUUGGAUUGGGCGGCUGAAGUUGGGUCGGGUCCUGAAGGUUAUCAUCAAGGUGGCCUAGACUUAGUUCAAAAUUAUUUUGGGGUUGAGUCCAGCACUGGUGCUGAAUACGGAAAUGGUGAGGGAGGAAAAUCUGAAAAUGGUGCAGAAUCGGUGAAGAACGCGGAAGCUAGAACGAUAUUAAAUUCAGCUAUCAAAGAGGAACCAUCUAUGUCGGAGAUAAGGGUAGUAAAGAAAUUGAAGGGUGUCGAGUCCAAAGAGAGGAGGAAAAUUAGGAGAUUGAUCUUAAUGGAGAAGAGAAAAUUGAAAGUGAAGAGGAAAGCUAGAGGGAAAGGUCAACAAAAAAAUCAGCCAACAGAUAAUUCGAAGGUAAAAAUCUCUUUAAAUGCUCAUAGUGAAGUUAAUAUUGAUGAAUUAAAGUCAUGGGGUUUAGUUCAUGGAGGAGCUUCUGAAAUCUCAAAGGGAGUGUAG